GCCGGACGCUGUGCAUGCGCAGCGGAGAUCGAGGCGCUGCCGAGCUCCCUCGGCCUGAGAUGGCUCCGGAGCAACAAGUUCCCCAGGAAAUUGCGUACGGCCCGCACCUGGCAUCUGGGGCCUGCUCAGCCCCCACUCGCACAUCUCCCGCAGGUAGGGCGCCUUGGAUAAGUGAAGGAGGUGGCCCCACCGAGAGGCUCCCCCAUCAAGCGGCCGGCACCGUGCGGUUUUAAUCCGGGGCCGGGGAGCCCCCGACAGGAUGUGGAGACGGAGCAAUGAGGGGGAAAAGGGAGGCCGAGGGAGAGCCGCAGUCAUGACUUUUCUUGAAAUUGACGUGCUGCAAAGAUCACGUCUACUCUUCCCUAUCCUGCAUGGAAGUCACACUGUGAUUCUGGGUACAGGGUCAAUGAGUUUGGCCUGCAUCAUGAGUUUCGCAUUGGCGUUCCUUGUUGGUGAUUUCUUGUCAGAUACGUAAGAUCUUUGAGCAUGGUGCAGUUCGUCUAACAGCUCUCCUGUGUCUUUGCCAUUGAUGUCGAACCAGUCUUGGUACUUCCGUUUAACGAACCCUGGGACCUUGGAUGCCAUGCUUUUGAUGAAGGUGUAGAGCAUUGACCUCAUGCAUCUGUUGUGACAACGUGACUCACUAGCAUGUUCCAUCAUCACUGUAGAAGAAACCCGGAACUGCAGCAAGAACUGCAAAUCCAAAAUGCUGUUGCAGCUGGUGAUGUUCAUACAGUGCGUAAGAUGCUGGAACAAGGCUAUUCUCCUAAUGGUCGCGAUGCUAAUGGAUGGACACUGCUCCAUUUCUCUGCAGCAAGAGGCAAAGAAAGAUGUGUUCGAGUAUUUUUAGAGCAUGGAGCCGAUCCCACCGUUAAAGACUUAAUUGGAGGUUUUACUGCUUUGCAUUAUGCAGCCAUGCAUGGCCGAGCACGGAUUGCAAGAUUGAUGUUGGAAUCAGAACACAGACCUGAUAUAAUUAAUGCUAAAAGCAAUGAUGGAUGGACUCCUCUCCAUGUGGCUGCCCAUUAUGGCAGAGACUCAUUUGUCAGACUGCUGUUGGAGUUUAAAGCUGAGGUCGACCCGCUCAGCGAUAAAGGCACCACACCACUUCAGCUGGCCAUUAUCAGAGAGCGGUCCAGCUGUGUGAAAAUUCUUUUGGAUCACAAUGCCAACAUUGACAUUCAAAAUGGCUUCCUGCUACGAUAUGCAGUGAUCAAAAGCAACCACUCAUAUUGUCGAAUGUUUCUUCAAAGAGGUGCAGACACAAACCUCGGCAGAUUGGAGGAUGGACAAACCCCAUUACACUUGUCUGCACUAAAGGACGAUGUGCUUUGUGCACGGAUGUUACAUAACUAUGGUGCAGACUGUAACACAAGGAACUAUGAAGGACAGACCCCUCUGGCUGUCUCUGUAAGUCUAUCUGGAACCAGCAGACCCUGCUUGGAUUUCUUACAGGAAGUUACAAGACAGCCUAGAAAUUUACAGGAUCUGUGCCGAAUUAGGAUUCGACAAUGUAUCGGCCUUCAAAAUUUGAAAGGACUGGAUGAACUUCCCCUUGCAAAAGUCAUGAAAGACUAUUUGAAGCACAAGUUUGAUGACAUUUGAAUGUUGAAAGUUCAAGUCUUGAGGGUUUGAAGUAGGUGCUGCCUUGCCCCAAGUACAUCCUAUGCAAUUCCCGAUUUGAAAUUUAGUCACUACGGGUAUCAUUACCUCUCCGAGUUUAACAACUAUGUCUAAUUUGGCAUAACUGGCCUGCUCCAGGAAGACCUAUGUUCACUCCCAAAAUUUGUUCCAAGCUGAUAUACCUAACUUUGAGUUGGCGAAGUUCAAAAACUUUUAUUACUUCUUCUCUUCAACUUGACUUCUGUUCCAACAUAACGUUCAAUUACUUUAACUUAGUGACUGUAAAAUUCACUGAAAUGGAACAGGUGUCAUUUGAAUGAUGGAAGUUACAGUACAAGAGUGAACAAGCUACAAAGAAAUUCUGUUUGAAAAUAUCCAUAAAUGUAUUUGAUGCAGCUAAAAAAUUACUUUGUAUCAAGACAGAUACAACUUAAAUGUUUGAAAUUGAAGCAAAAGCUAAGAAGCUGAAAACGCAUAGCAGGUCAUUUAGCAUCUGUGAAAGAAACGGAGAGUUGGCAUUUUGCCCUCAUACCCUUCAUGAGAAUUGAAAAAUAAGUAAUAAAAAUAAAAUCCUGGAGAUGCACAGCAGGUCAGGCAGCAGAGGUGGAGAGAUAAACAGUUACUGUUUCAGAUCGAUGACCCCUUAUCAAAACUGGAAAAAGAUGUAACAGGUUUUAAGCAAGUAUUGAGGCAGGGGAACGGGAAGCAAAAAGGGAAAAACAAGAGUCAGACCACAUAUUAAUAUCAGGAAAGGUGUGGGAUGGAGAGGGAAACAACAAACAGCCCAGCAGACUGUGGAGAAGUGAUAGUGGAAUGAAUGAGUUGUGUAUCAGAUCAAUCUAGUCAAGUGAAAGAUAAUACUGUUUGCAGAAGGGUGUGAGAAUAACUAAGGCGGCCAGGAAAUUUAAGGAACAGUUUAUGUGAGAUUAUUUGACUGAGAUGAUCCGUAAUAUCAUCCAACAAACGUUCCUGUGGUGCUUUUCUCCUUUCCCUCCCCUCCCCUUUUACUAAUCCUAUUAAUAUAUUUAUCCAUUUUUUUGUUUCUCUGUUCUGAAACAUGGUAAGAGCUCAGUGUCGUGGUGUGGUGUCUGCCACGUCCAGGCUAUUGUGUUAUAGUGAGAAACAAAAUUUAAAGGUGCCAUUGUGAUUUGGGCUUUUAUUGCAGUAUUUCCUGUACUUCUGUCUUCUCUUUUCCACUCCUCCCAAAACUGCUUGUAUUGCCCUUCACUGUAAUACUCUGUUAUGAUAUCUGUGGUGCUUUGGCAAUGCAGGCGACAUGCCAAGAUACAGUAGAUGCUUUGAAUUUGGAUAUAUUGAUUGGAAGAUGGAGGAAAAGCUAACCAGCAUGUAUAUCAUCAGAUUUUCAUAUAAUAAAUAUCUCUCUUCACUCAGCCUUGUUCUGUCCUUGGUCCCUCUCAUCAAUUUGUGCUAUUUACUAGUGUACCUCUGUUACCUUGUCCUCAACCUGUUUUGCUCUGGAAUUGACAUUUUCCAUUCUGUCUAUACCAGAGACUCAUUAACUUGACCUAUAUUGUAAACUGACCACUAUGCUGUGGUGUGAUGUAUGCAGCCAGUUCGUUGUUCCUUUUGUUUUUCAAACAUAAAACCAGAAUAAGUUGUAACAACACUGAAGGCGGGCAGGUGCCAGUGAGUCAUUCUUCUCUGUGCCCAGUGGUCUUUGUCUUUGUGUGAGGUGUUUCAGAAAAAGUAGAAGUUUCCUAAAAACUAUACAACCUUCUAAUGAAUGUUGCAUUCAGCCCAAGUUAGACACUAUCAGAUUUUCCACUUGAAUCAAAUUCUAAGCAGAACGUUUAGUAUUUCUCACUAUAUUCUGAACAGGGCCUAGAUAUGCUGACAAUUACAUUUCCUAACUAAAUUACAAACUUUAGAAAGGCAAUCAAAUAUUAAUAACCCUAAGGUUAAAAAGUUAUGAUUUCUUUUUUUAAAUGCAGUCUUUACUUCUAGUUUAUCCUGUAAUUUUAUAGAGGUAUAUAAAGUCCAGGACAGAGAAACAAAACCAGGGGCAAUACUUGAAGAACACUGGGUCGGUAGGUCAGGACUCAGGACAGGGGUCUGGAAUGAUCAGCUAGAACGGAGUGGUUGAAGCUAAGAAAUUGCAGUCAGUUAAAAAUGAGGAUCUGCUGGAUGGCCCAGGCUUUCUGCUUGUGUAUUCACAGCCAUAAUUUUCCCUCUGUUCAAUUUAAUGCUCAGGAAAAUGUGGGUUGGUAAACAUGUAGCAGAAAUCCUGACCAGCCUAAAACAAAAACAGAAUUA